AUGACCUCAAUAACAAUUUUUUUCAACGUGUUAUUAUUAUGUGCUAUUAUUCAGGCUCGAAACAAUUUAAACACAAACAAAUUAAGAGAAAAUGUAUUGCUUAUUAUAAUUGACGAUUUGCGACAUCUAACGGGCAAAAAUGUCAAACUGCCUACCAUUGAAAAAAUGGCGGCAAAUGGCAUAACGUUUGAAAAUGCGUUUGCUCAGCAAGCUCUUUGCGCUCCGAGUAGAAAUUCGAUAUUAACGGGGCGCCGACCCGAUUCGUUACGGCUGUACGAUUUCUAUUCAUAUUGGCGAGACAGCGUCGGCAACUUUACCACGCUACCUCAAUUAUUUAAGCAAAAUGGCUACGACACAUACUCUGUUGGCAAAAUAUUCCACCCAGGUGCCAGUUCCAAUUUUUCUGAUGACUUUCCUUAUAGCUGGACAGAGGAACCAUACCAUCCUACAACUGAUAAAUAUAAAGACGCUGCCGUGUGCAAAGAUAAAAUAACUAAUAAACUACAAAAAAAUCUUAUAUGUCCAGUUGAUGUUAUUAGCCAACCUGAUCAUACGCUGCCUGACUUGCAAACCUUGGAUUACGCGGUAAAUAUACUACAUGAAAGAAGAAAUAAAAGUCGUCCAUUUUUGCUAGCUGUGGGGUUUCAUAAACCGCAUAUACCUUUAAAAUUUCCGCAGGAAUAUUUAGAUAGAGUACCAAUAGACAAAAUACGUCCACCCAAACAUCCAAACCUACCAAAGACUAUACCAACAGUAGCGUGGCAUCCAUGGACAGACGUCCGGCAUAGAGACGACAUAGCCCGACUCAACAUAUCUUUCCCAUUCGGCACCAUGCCGCAUGAGUGGUCGUUGAAGAUAAUACAGAGUUACUGCGCCGCAGCGAUUUAUGUGGACGACUUGGUUGGAUCUCUCAUGCAACACGUCGAUUUGAAGAACACGGUUGUUGUUUUAACUAGUGAUCAUGGUUGGUCUUUAGGUGAAAACGGCCUCUGGGCCAAAUACAGCAACUUCGACGUCGCAUUGAAGGUUCCCUUGAUUUUCCUGAUACCCGGCACAAAGCCCAACACUAUAAGUGUUCCGGUAGAGCUCAUCGAUAUUUUCCCAACACUAGCUGAGAUUACCGGUUUGGGUGAAGACAUCCCUAAGUGCAUUAAAAACCAUGAAAUUUUAUGUUUCGAAGGCAAAAGCUUGCUGGAAUUAGCAACACAAACGGAAAAUGACACCGACGAAGAAUAUUUUGCAAUAAGCCAAUAUCCAAGACCAAGUGUGUAUCCGACAAAAAACUCGGAUAAACCGAAACUUAAAAAUAUAAAAAUAAUGGGUUAUAGCAUAAGAACAAAUAACUAUCGAUACACAGAAUGGGUUUCGUUUAAUCAUACGCUUUUUACAAAAGACUGGAAUAAACUGUAUGGUUUGGAACUUUAUGAUCACAUCACAGAUCCAUAUGAAGCACACAAUGUCAUUUCUAAAGUUAAAUACCGCCGGAUUAGGAAAUAUUUAUCAAAAUUACUAAGGGAAUCUGUAGGUCCAAGACUGAAUAAAAACAUUUGUGAUUACUUACGUUACCUAAAUGGUAAAAACAAAGAGAAUUUGAAAUAGAGUAAUAUUGUCAAAGUAAAUUAUGUAUAUAGGUAGGUAGUAGGUCAUAAAUAUAGGUAACACUUUUGGAACGCCUAGGCCAUCUAGUCGAGAGUAGGCCAAAGGUAUGGCGCCAAAUCGCUCGAAAAGAUGGCACCAUACCUUUGGCCUAUCGUCGAGUAGAUGGCGAUACUUUUUGACAUUUAACAAAUUUAAUUAACACAUAUCAGUGAACAAAUGUGUCGUUCCACGGCAAAAGGUACCUUAUGGCGGCUGGCGCUUACGUCGACUAACGCCGCAAUAAUAUUGGAGUGGCGUUAAUAAUAGCGUAAGCGCCUAUCGCCAUAAUAAGGUACCUUUACCCUUGGGACGUCACAAAUAAGGAUCAAAGUCAAAUGGCGUUCUAAGUGUUAAUGAUUUGUGUCAAAAGAUGGCAGUAAAUAUACUGACUACAUAAUUUACUUUGACAAUAUUCCUCUAGUCUAAAUUCUCCUUGGUAAAACCGUGGUGCCGAACUGCCCAAUGCACUGGCCGGCAGUUGUAUCUUCUUCUUCUUCCUCGCGUUAUCCCGGCAUUUCGCCACGGCUCAUGAGAGCCUGGGGUCCGCUUGUCAACUAACUAACUUAAUAAAUUAUUAUAUGAAUCAAUUAUGCAAUAAAAUUACAACAUAAACAUAC